UCAUAAAAUUAUUUAUUCUGUUUUCUUUCAUAGAUAAUGUAAUCACUACUAUGUUUUCUUCACAAAUAUACUUAUAAGGAAGGUCCAUAUAUAUUAUAAUUCUCUUUGAAGGUUUUCAUCAGAUUUUUCUUUUUAUUUUUGUGACAACCUGAGGUGACAACACUCUAGCAGUGUCCAAGUGACAUUUGCACAAUUAUUGUAAAACGAGAAUAAACAUUUCGUGUUAUUUAAUUUACAAUGGCGCGCAAAGGACAGGUUUCGAUACAAGAUGUGAUCGAAAACGACGAAGAUUUUGAGAACUACAUCAUAGCGCAUGCAAAUCAGCUAAUUUGUAUGGAAGUGUAUUCCGAAUUUUGCGGACCGUGUUUGGCUACCGGUAAUGCUAUAAGAAAGGGCAAGAUGGAGAUUGGGAUGGAUCUGAUAGCCAUGGCAAAGGCUGCAGCCGAUAACAUAUCGGCUCUCUCGCGGUUCAAAGAUAAGAGCGAACCAGUUUUCCUCUUCAUUGUGAAAGGCAAGCUAACGCGCGCCAUGUUCGGCGCGAACGGCAUAGAGCUGUGUCGCAUCAUAGAGGAAGAGUUGGCGCACAUGCAAAAGGAGAUCGCGACCGGCGUCGAGAGGCCCAAGCAGGAGAUCACUCAUUUGCUCCCUGAAGAAGCUAAAAAAAUCGAAGUUGAACUAAAACUCGAGGAGGAACACCGCGAGACGGUGGAGAGACUCCGCGUGCUGACGCUAGCGGCUCGUAAGAAGAGAGUGAACGAGCGAAUGGCGCGGCACGUCAGGAGGAUGAACUUCAUCAUGUUCUGGCCACACUGCCACCAGGCGCACUACGAUCUGUACGAGAAGUGGGAUAUGAUCAAUAUACAAGUAGGGGCAAAAGAAACCUUCCAACUGACUGAGGAGGGGGCUAAAGAAGCGUUGUACAUGAGCGACAUCGACCCAAACGAGGCGUGUCUCCACGCUCUUCUCAACGGGGAGGCUUUGGUGGUGAUGUUCAGGAUGUAUGAUACGGACAACCGGGACUUUGUUAAACUCCUUCGUCACGCGCUAUACGUGGAGAUUCCCGAGCCGAAGGAGGACGUUCCUCCAGAGAAGCAGGUGCCUCCGAUACCAGCAUACGAACGGUACGCGACGAUAAGCAAGUCUGCCAGGGAGGUCCGCCGUGAGCGAUACGAGGCUAGGAUGCAGAAACUUCGUGAGGAAAAAGAAGAUGCCGAGCGCCUGGCGUCGGAACAAGCUCGGUUGGCGCGCGAGGCAGAGGAAGAAAGGCAACGAGAGGAGAAGCAACGCCAAGAAGAGGAGAGAAUGGCCAGGAUCCAGGCUGGCUUACCAGCGGAACCAGAACCUGUAGGGGAUGAAGAAGAAAUGGAAGGAGAGGAGAAAGAGGAGACCGAGGCCACUGAAGAGCCAGAAGCACUAGAAGAGGAGAAAGUGGAAGAAGAAGAGGAGUUCCACUCAGACGUGUCCGUCGAGGGCGAAGAGUACAUCCCGCCGGGAGGACUGUUCGUGCCGGGACUCUACUCGCCGCCUAACGACCUCGCCAAGGCUAAUGGACUUGCCUACUUCUAUCCUAAGAUGGUGCAAGAGAACACCACUAUAGAAUCCGAGCAUUUACCACCGCACGUGUUGGUGAUGUUCAACAUUGACAAACGCCAUGAAGUUCAGGAACUGAUGGCGCAGUACGCAGACGAGAUACUUGCUACGGGCAUAUUUGUGGGGGACGACCCCAACGCGGCCGAGCAUAUCGCCUACACGAUCAAACAGUACGAUAAAAUGGAAAGACUCAGGAAACAUAAGGACCGGCUGGCCCUGAUGGUGUCGCGGCGCAGGAGCCUGGCACUCCUGCAACUGGCAGGUUUGAACCCGUGCUACAUCAGCGCUGACGUUGACUCGGGCGAGCGCGACUGCCUGACCCUCUUCCCCGUGGGCUACGGAGACGAUUAUAUCGAGGAGGAGAGCAUUGAGGAAGUGGAGAUCGCGGCCACGGAACAAGAAGUGGAGAAGGAGGCAGAAGCCGAAGUCGCCGACGAGCCGAAGGAAGAUGAGGACGAAGAAGGGGAAGAUGAAGAUUAAUUGAAUUAUACCAGAAAUAUAAGGCUGUAAAUUGUGCUAGAUUUUAUUUGAUUUUAUUUGUGGUGUGAUACCUCCAAGCCUCUGAAAGCAUGUAAAGCCGUUCUGCGCCGAAUCUCUCUCCGCUCAUGUCCGAAGAAUACAAUCACUACGUUAAGUCACGUCAGAUUGUC